UGACGACAAAGCUCGUUCUCUUUCCAUCAUACGCGUAAUAGCUCUCGCUGGGAAAUAGGGAGAGUUUAUUGUCGCUUCGCUUGAGUGGACGAGAUUUUCCCCGCUUUUACCUCUGUCGGGCCCACUAAUCUGUUGACAGUCGAGCGAGAACGGCGAAACAACUGUGGCACUGUAAGUUACAACGGAGGCUGAUCGAUACAGAGCAGUUACAGACCAUAGGUGUAUCUACAAACAAGCAGAGAAAAACAACGUACCGACAUAAUUGUGCUAACCUGGAGAAUAUCAGCAUGUCUUUCUAUUUGUGAGGAGAGGACACGUUAGCAAUUGAAUACCUGUCGUAUAUCGGAACCGACCAUAUACGUCGACCUAUAUUGGAUUAAUUCUAAGUCCAACAACAUGAAUCUGCGGAAAACAAAAUUGUUCAAGACCAUUAAUAUGGGGAAUCCCCGCCAGGUAAUGACCGCCUUGUGGGAAUACCUAAAAUCGGGGAAAGACGUGAACCUAAGGGAUGAAGAAACAGGGGGAACCCUCCUGCAUCUGUUGGUGGAUCACGGGGAAAAUUUUGCGGAUCCUGAAACCGUGCAGGCCAUUUAUAUGUUGGUCUGUAAGGACAUAGAAAUUGAUGCCCAGGAUAACAGUGGAGAGACCGGCCUCCAUAAAGUGAUGCGAAAGAAGGGGACCUACAGAAUCAUGAUGGCCCUCAUAAGAUGUGGUGCCGAUACUAGAGUAGUCAACAACGACGGGAAAACGGCGGAGGAUGUUCUUCUGACUGAGAAAUCUGAAGGCUGGGAGGAGAUGUACCAUUGGUACAAAAAGUUCAAGCCAGGUCUCUGGGCCGCAUUGUGUGAGGAGAAUCCAGACCGGAAGUUGGUACAGCGUCUGCUCAGACAAUGGUGCCGCUUAACGUGCAUGAAGAAUGGUAAAGUAGUAAACAUCAAGUCCCUCGUCAAGGACGACAUUCACAAGGUCGACCUGCUCCAUAUGAUUGAAGAAUACGAGGAUCCAAACGAGAUGUGCCUAGCUCUGAAUGCUGGUUUUGGUUUUAUCGUAAAAAGCUGGGUUAAACAAGGAAUUGAACUCUUAAAAGGCGUCAACUGUAACGCCAUGGACUACUCAUACCAACACAGGUAUCCGGAAUACCCGGAAGUGCCCCGCCCAAUAUUGGCAGCAGCAUGGGAAUCCAACAAUUACGAUGCCGUGGAUGUCCUCCUGGAUAUGGAGCCGGAUACUCGGGUUCUCUGGACGGACGAUGCUGUAUCCAAGAAUGCACCAAAACCCGUAUUUUUUCAGAUUAUUUGUGGAUUGACGACUCCCCGAGAUGAGAAGAUUGUUCACCGUGUCCUUAAAGGUUCUGACCUAUCAGCAAGGGAUCGCGAGGGUCACACCAUUCUCCACAAAAUCAUCAUUCACGACAGACCAGAAAACGCGGCAGAAAAUACACUCCGGGUCGCCAUGUCUUACGGUGCUGAUGUCGCAGCACGUGACUGUAAUGGCCGCACAGUACGUGACCUGGCAAAAAAACUUAAAAAGGAACAUUAUUGCAAAUGCAUAGAUGAACAUGUGAUCAAACUAGUCAAGGACCGUCGUUUUGAUGAUGUUGAGAAACUUAUAUUACACAACUAUGAUCACAUUCUGGAUAUCAAGGACAGCGGAAAUCGAACAUUAGUGGACAUUGCAAAGAAAUACGCCACCCAACAAAUCCAUGAAGUGGUCAAGCUUACAGCAGCCAUUCAGGCGUACGUGAAGCGAAUAUACCAGGCAGUUAACGAGGGGUCGGUGGAAGACAUCAAGAAACUUCUCAGUUGUAAGAGGUACGCCAGCGUUAGGGACAGAUGUGGACGCACCCUUCUCCACCAAGCCAUCCUCAAACAGCAGAUACCUGUCGUGUCCUACCUCCUAGAAGAGUGUCCCGGUCAUGUGACAUUGGGAGACACGGUGGAUCGUACCCCUCUACAUUAUAGUUAUCUGUUCAUACCACAAGAAAAGACGAUUAUAACAAAGAUGAUUGAAAAGGGGGCAUUAGUGAAGAGAAAAGAUGCUUUUGGACGAAUAGCUGAAGAUCUUGCCUUGGAGAAGUGUGGCUCCCAAGAGUUUGAGCGAAUGAAGAAAGAAAUAGAGGAUUUUGAUCUCAAUAUUUAUCUGAAUGAUAGCGACUUCGAACAGACCUUCAAGACAGCAAUACAGAAUGGGGACUUGGAGGUUGUGAAGAGUUUGGUAUCGGGGCUGCAGGCAUUUGGUGACGUCACCCGCUACAGUACCACUCUGUUUGAAUGUGUAGACAACAAACAGACAGAAAUUGCAAAAUACCUCAUCACAAAUGGCUUCAAGACGGACAUCUAUAAGCAGUAUCAAACAUGCGACCCGGAAGAUCCUAUGUGCGCCAUGAUGGAGUGUGGACAUUCAAUGACGUCACUGAAGGAACGAGCAAUAGAUAAUAAAUGUGACGAAAUCGUGAAAAUGAUCGAACAAGUUUCUCUUGGAAAGAUCAAAGUUCAAAAUGCGCAGAAGAAUGGAUUGUCCAUGUAUGGAGUAUGAAGACAAAGUGUAAAGAGUGUACAAUACGCAAAUAACUCCACUGUACAUAUUCACUUGGGUCUACGUAUCACUACAACACUUAUAGCUCCACCCAACACUUAUCUGUAGUUUUUUUUUCUUUUGGAAAGGAAAAUAGUGAUGGCAGAUACUAAGCACUAAAUACUAUGACGAGCACCUGUCUUAAUCCGAGUUUUCCUUUUUCUGAUUGAUGUUUAUCUUUUGUAUAAACAAGGCUAUUUCUUUACGAUUAUCGUAGACGUUCCCUUAUUAUGCCCCAUCGUAUUUUGUUUUAUAUACUCCAGGGUAUUCCACAACGUGUUCAUGGAAUAGAUUUACAUCUAUUGUCAUCAGCAAAGAGAGACAACCUCUAAAAUGAAUAUUGCGUUUUGGAUGAGAGAAGAAAAAUCUUAUGCAUUCAUCCUGGAAAUAUUGUAUCCGUGUUUGGAAAUUUGUUUGCCUUACACCACGUGGCUAUUUUUUUUAAUCAAAAUAUUUUAUUCUUCACUGAAUAUAACUGCAGAAACUGCGUGCCUUGUUAAUGGAUUUACACGUGCUAUUACAAGAUGUUGUGUUGUUGCCAAGUAAUUGAGUGUCCCUUGAAGUUUUCUUGCGUUGUUUGUUGUUUGUUAUUCGCAAUGAUUGAUCUUAUUUUAGUUUGGUCGCUAUGUUUUGUCAGAUGAUCGUGUAAUGUGACAGACUCGUUGCAGCAUUGUUAGUAUCCCUGUUAGUAUUUGACCAUGUAAUGGUUGAGUUGAUCAACAUACUGCAAAUCACCAAAGUGUAGGAAUGUCGGCUUCGUCAUGCCUCAUCACUAUCACAAAGAUGAAUUUCAUAUUUUUUUUUCUUUUGCUUUAAAAAUAUCCAUCUACUUCGAAAAGUGUAGAACUCUUUAAAAGUGCCAAAUUUGAAUGACACCCAUAUGAAUCAACCCAAAGGAUUUAUUUUCCACAUUCUGCUUGACAGAGAAAAAACACAUCUAUGUCAUUGAUAACAUAAUCUCAUACAAUCGUUUAUAGCUUUAUAUCCUCCACAUAUCAACUUGCCCACGCUUUCUAGGCUGUAGGACGUGUUCAUAAUGAAUAUUGACCUUUUCCAGACAUGGUUAUAUUCUAUGAACUCACACUUGUAUGUUUAUGAUACAUGUAAUUUAAUUUUAUCAUUUGAAUCGCUACAUAGAUCCAAAGACUCUGUUUUAUUUACAUGUUGUUUUAUGAAUAUUGUUUAUCAAAAUAUUGUUAUUAGAAUAAAGUUUACGUGUAUUUUAUCAUUUGAUCACAAACAAUAUUAUUUUUACAACCUUGUGUAUAGAGAAAUUGUGAAAUGAAAAAUACCCGCUUGUCAAAAUGACGUACAGUUAUGUUGUAUUGUUUAGUCAAUAAAUAUUGGAAGACCA